AAACAAAAGAAGAACGGUUUUGCUUUGUCGUUGUUGAUAACUCUAAUCUUGAUUCAUAAAUUUUCUUUAAUUUUCGUAACGAUUCGCUCAAUGAAUCGCAACAUUUAAUUUUGAUGUUUAAGUUAUUUUCGUUGCUACCAAACCGAGUAACUCAAGGGUUAACUGCAGCAUACUUUAAGUUCCAAACUUGGCGAACUAUUGGAUUUAACGGGUACCACUCUGAAUCAACGUGUACAAAACGGUUAGCAAUGGAUGUUAAUAUUUUGCCAGCCUUACAGGACAACUACAUGUACUUGAUAGUUGACAAGGAAACGAAUUCCGCGGCGAUUGUCGAUCCGGUAGAUCCUGAUCGUGUCUUAGAAGCUGUUAAAGCGCACAAUGUCAAUCUAACAGCAGUACUGACAACCCAUCAUCAUUGGGAUCAUGCCGGUGGCAAUGAAGACCUUGUCAAGAAAUUUUCCUCCACAUUGAAGGUUUAUGGUGGUGAUGAUAGAAUCGGAGCUUUGACCAAUAAAAUUGGACAGGAUGAUAUCAUUAACAUAGGAUCGCUAAAAAUUCGUUGCCUGUUUACUCCAUGUCAUACAACUGGCCACAUUUGUUAUUUCGUCGAGGCUCCAUCUGGCGAAAAGUCUGUGUUUACAGGAGAUACUCUAUUUUUGGGCGGUUGUGGUAGAUUUUUCGAAGGUACUGCCCAGCAAAUGUACACUGCCUUGAUUGAAAAACUGUCGUUACUACCGGAUGAAACUGACGUAUAUUGCGGUCAUGAAUACACUUUACAAAAUUUAGCUUUUGCAAAACAUGUUGAACCGAACAACGAAGAUAUUGCAAAAAAGAUCCAAUGGUCGCGAGAGCAACGGUCGAAAAAUCUGCCAACAGUUCCUUCAACAAUUGCCGAGGAGAAGAAAAUCAAUCCAUUCAUGAGAGUUAAUGAAUCAGAUGUACAGUCGCAUGCAGGACUUUCUGAGGGAGUUGCAACAAUGGCAUAUAUUCGUAAGGAGAAGGACACAUUUAAGGCGAACUUGUAGUUGCGUUGGUCGGCCUUUCAUCCUUUACAUAUCUUUUGCUUAUGAACUUUCGGUGAUGUGUCGUACAUUUCAAUAUGUUAAAUGGUUUGUGAUCAAAAUGUAAUAAAUAGGACCAAC